AUGUGCGGUUCAGACAUCUUUCUUGGGAUUCUCGCGAUUUUCUUUCCACCAGUUGCAGUGUGGAUUAAAGUAGGCAUCUGCACAGCCGACUCGAUCAUCAACCUUGCACUUUGCUGCCUAGGCUACGUCCCCGGUCUUCUACACGCAUGGUACAUCAUACUCAAGUACCCCGAACCAGACUAUGAUGACCCGAACUACGAGCCCAUUCCUGGCCAUGCCGACCCGGGACGGGACACUGAAAGUGGUCGUGUGACAUACUAUUACGUCUCUCAUCAGCCCAUCCAGCAUCCAUCCCAGAGAGGUUAUGGCACUGUGGCACCGCAAAACCAGCCGGCGCCGAGCCCUGCUCAACCUCAGCAGCAAGCGCCCAAGCCACAUCGUGAGGAAGGUCAGGGAGGAAGCAGUGACCAAGCUCAGGGUGACUCCCGGGCACCACCAACCUAUGCUGAAGCUGUCAAGGGAGACCACAAGGUGCAGACGCACGAUUGA